AUGGACUCUUCGCCGGCUGUGGCAGACUCGGUCCCUUCGCAGCCCGUGGAACCACCGCAACUGGCAGAGCAGUCGCUGCCACAGCCGCCGCAGCCGUCACAGGUGACGGAGUCGAGUCAGAAGUUGCCGGUGGAACCGUCGCAACCGGUAGAGCCGUCGCAACCGGUAGUGCCGUCGCAAUUGGUAGUGCCGCCGCAGCCUCUCGAAGCGCAACAGGCGGAGACCCCACAGGCGGGCCCUCCGCAGGCGGAACCGCCGCAGGCGGAGCCCAUGCAACAAGAUUCUGCGCUCCCUGCGGCUCCUGCAGGCAGUGCGGAGCAAUCUGCGCAGCAGUCCGCGGAGCUACCCGCGCAGCCAGGUGGGGAAAGCGCAGGGGCAGGAAUGGCGGAAGGGGAAGCCGCAGGCGCAGGAAUCGCCGAUGCGGAAAUGGUUGGGGGGGACGGGGGAACGCAGGCGAUGGGGAAAGCGGGAGCGGGUGACGAUAUGCGUGUGAGUGAAGCGGGCGGAGCGGAUGGUGGUGUGAUGAGCACGGAGGGGCACAUGGCCUCCGCGCAGGCGCUCAUUCCCCCCCCAGGGCACAUGGGCGCACCGGGACACAUGCCCCAAGGGGCGGACGUUGUGGGAAUGACCGUAACAGAAGGCAUCCCCAUGACCAUGCAUCCCAUGCACCAUCCCAUGCACCACACCAUGCCCCAUGGCAUGCCACAUGGCAUGCCCAAUGCCAUGCCCCAUGCCAUGCAGCACGGCAUGCCUCCAGGCUCGGUCCUCCCCUCCCAACUCAACCAGCAAGUCUCAGUUCUCCAUCCCACGCCUGUCCACCUCUCUCCCACAUCAAUGGCUAUGGGUUCCUCGGCGAAAUCCGAAGGCGCGAUCUCAGCCGUCCCUUCCCUGGACCAGCCGCUGGUGCUCAGCCGAGCCUCAGCCUUGGCGGCGCUCGGAGCUGACCCCGAGGCUUGGAGCCGCAUGUCGGCGGUUCGGCGGCGGGUGGCGGUGACAGGGCAGGUGAAGAAGGAGAUUUGCGAGCUGAAGCUGCAGCUGGGGGACGUGUCUCAAGACGAGAUGGUUGAGCAGGUGUACAGGCGGUAUGGAGUGAGGCUCAGUCGCACAACGGUCUCCAAGAUUCUCAAGGACGCGCCCAGGUGGCUCAGAGUGUCGGGCGCAGCAGCCAAGCAGAAGCGGUGCCGCAUGGCCAAGUUCCCCCAGAUGGAAGCGGCUCUAGCGCACUGGUACCGACAGGUGAGUUCAAUGCACGCCAACAUCAGUGAUGCCAUGAUAGUGGACAAGGCCAGACAGCUCUCAGUGGAGCUGAGUAUCCUCCCGGACGAGUUCAAGGUGUCGGACGGCUGGCUCUACCGCUUCAAGCGCCGCCAUGAGCUGCCCACUGCUCGCAAGCGAGCCCUCCCUGGGACUAAACCUGAAGACCAGAUGGGUGAACACGGGGGAGCACUUACCUCUUCCCAGCAAGACUCACCAACCGGGGGCAUGCAUAGCAGCAUGGGUCCGUACGGUACCAUGCUACCCUAUGGCGACCCUUCCCACAUGCACUCAGCAGCCAUGGCUGGAGGAGCAGCAGGAGGAAGCAGCAGUCAGCACCCGAUGCUUCCACACCAGCAUCACAUGAUCCCGCAUGACCCAUCUGCCUUGGGUGCUGCUGCUGGCUCGGCUGCUGGGACUGCUGGAGCUGUUAUGGGAGGGUCCCUUGGCAUGCCGGGUAUGGCAGGAGGUUCGCUACAGGGAUUGCAAGGCAGCCGUGGAAUGGGGUCUGGUGGUGGAGGGCUUGAAGCAGGGGAGGGGAUGGAGGAUGUGAUGGAAGGGAGUGAUUCGUAUGGAGAGUCGGAGGAGGAGGAAGAUGAAGGGAUGGAGGGAGGCAGUGGAGGGGAGUGUGGGUUUGGGAUGGGUGGUGGCAGAUGGUCGGCUGGAGGGAGUGGGAUGGGGAAGAGGAUGCAGAUGGCAAUGGCAUCGGCAAUGAGUGGGUUGAGUCCUAUUGAUAUGGAGAGGUACUCUCAAGUGAAGUCUCUGUUUGCUGGAGCUCUGAGGAAACUAGAGUCAUACCCUCGGCUGUGA